AUGUCUCUUAAGCGCAAAGUUUCCUUCACGGCUCUUCCAACCAGCCCGUCAGUUCCGGCCCCCAGUGAUUGGGGCAUGAUGAUCGAUGGAAACACACACAUCCAUAGCCGCACACGAAAACGCUUCAGAGAUGAUCGUCCUAGUGAACAAGUGAUUUAUCAGAACACAUUGCGAUGGAUUUUCUCUGCUCAAAAACAGCAAGAAUCUGCACAGGCCGCUGAAAUGGACACCAUGGACUCAGAGCCUACGAUCGAAACACCAGAAGCCGUUGAUCCCCGACAACAAACAUUACACCGAUUCUUCCAGAAAACACCUCAGCAAUCAUCGUCCUUCCGACCAUCCCCUCAAGCUCUUGCACCUCGUGCCAAUGAAACUGCGCUUGACCAGGAGAAUGUGCUACGGCACCAGGCAUUCAAUCAGAUGAGCUCUGUGGAUAGCGCGAGCGAAAGCAACAGUCCCGGGUUCAACCAGCUCGAUGUUGACAUGGACAUGGAUAUGGACAGUGGAGAUGGCAGAAAUGGGCUGGACUAUGCACCUAAACCCCUGACAGGGUCAAUGGCCUGGAUGUGA